UUCAUCGUGUCGCUCCCUUCCGAGCUCUCGCUCAACAUCCUUCUCCAACUCGACUUUCGCUCGGUCCUCGCGUCCUCGGCCGUCUCGCACGGCUGGCGCCAACUCGCCCUCGACCCGCUCCUGUGGCGCAGCCUGUUCCACGACAACCCGCGCUGGCACAUCAAGCCCGACGCCGCGCUCCCCGACACGGCCGAGGCGGCGCUCAUGUACGCGGCGGGCCUGCUCGCGCUCGACUGGCCGAGGCUGUACCGCGACCGGUGGCUCCUCGAGCAGCGGUGGGCGACGGGAAAGCCGAGCUGGAGCUGGUUCGAGGGCCACGCCGACAGCGUCUACUGCGUCCAGUUCGACGAGAGGAAGGUCGUCUCGGGCUCGCGCGACCAGACGGUCCGGAUCUGGGACCUCGCGUCGGGCACGACCACGGCGACGCUCAAGGGCCACGAGGGCAGCGUCCUGUGCCUCCAGUACGACAACAAGAUCCUCGUCACCGGCUCGAGCGACAGCCGUGUCGUCGUGUGGGACCUCGUCGGCGACGUGGCGACCGGUCGCGGCCGUCACGAGAUUCUGCGUACGCUCGUCGGCCACUCGAUGGGCGUCCUCGACCUGUGCUUCGACGACAAGUGGAUCGUCUCGUGCAGCAAGGACACCAAGACGCGCGUGUGGAACCGCUCGACGGGCGAGCUGUACCGCGUCCUGCACGGCCACCGCGGCCCGGUCAACGCCGUCCAGCUCCACGGCGACCGCGUCCUGACGGCCUCGGGCGACGCGCUCAUGAAGCUGUGGGACGUGCACACGGGUGCGACGCUGCGCACCUUCACGGGCCACUCGCGCGGCCUCGCGUGCGUCAACUGGGGCCCGAGCGGCAAGGAGUUCGUCUCGUCGUCGAACGACAAGACGAUCAAGCUGUGGAACGCCGACACGGGCGAGUGCAUCCGCACCUUUACCGGGCACUCGGACCUCGUGCGUGGGCUCGCGUGGGACGAGAGGAGCAGGAGGAUCGUCAGCGGCGGGUACGACCACACGACGCGCGUGUGGGAC